AUGGUGCAUAGAAACCCAGAGACAUUUGCUUACAUGUUCAAAAGAACCCCAAACACUCAAACUUAUUCAUCUAUCCUUGAAUAUGCUCAAAAGAACCCCAGAUGGCUGAAUUCUUCACAUCCCCUCCUCAUUCUCUCUCCUAGGAAACAAUCAGAAAUCAAGCCUGUUAUUCUUUUUGGUAAAAAACUAGGGUUGCAAAUUAAAAUAAAAAGUGGUGGCCAUGACUAUGAAGGUAUCGCCUUUAGGUAUAAAACCCCAUUUGUCAUGCUUGAUUUAAUCAAUCCUGAUGAUAUCAAGAUUGAUUUAAAAGAAGAGACACUUUGGGUACAAGCAGGAGCAACCCUUGGCCAACUUUACUAUGCAAUUGCCAAAAAAAGGAAAGUGCAUGGUUUUGCAGGAGCUGUCUGUUUUAGUAUUGGCACCAGAGGGAUUAUUAGUGGUGGAGGGAUUGUUACUAUGAUGAGAAAAUAUGGUUUAGCAGCAGAUAAUGUUAUCGACACCCGUGUAAUGGAUGUCAGUGGAAAAAUCCUUGAUAGGAAGAAAAGGAAAGAAGAUUUAUUUUGGGCAAUAAGAGGAGGUGGAGGAGCAAGUUUUAGUGUUAUUCUUGCAUGGAAACUCAAACAUGUUCGUGUUCCAGAGAAGGUUACUAGUUUCACAGUUACAAGAGGUUAA